AUGCGGCGUAUUAUUGUAUUUUUAAUAGUGUUUUACGUUGUAAAAUGUGAAGUUGUACCAGCUGUGAAGACGAUCAGAGCUUACGAAUUCUUAGAAGGAGCUGAUCCAAAGUUUAAGGCUCAAUAUCAAGAAAUAUUGAAGUUGAAAGAUGUGAAGAAAAAAGAUAUCAGGGCUAAAAUUGAUGAGUUUGCGAAAGGCUUGCCAGAGAAAAAUCAGGUGAGUAAAAAGGAGUAAAAUACGGAUUUUAAUUUUGGUGGUUUUUUAAAUUAUUUUCGUUUUUGGCACAAAAAUGACAAUUUUUAACUUUACACCAACUUUUGUAUCUUUUGUUGUAAGACCUAACUUGGGCUCCAGAUUGUGGCUUUGGUUUCGCCCACAUCUGUGGCCGGCCUGGCCUCUUUAUACUUGCACUGGGCCGGCUAGAAGCCGUGUCAGGCCAAUUAAUAUCAAGUAUACUUUCAAGGCGGUUUUCUCAAAAAAAAGGGAGAGGAAGGAAAAAAGACAGACUUUUAUACCAAUGUUAGUCAUGUUUGACUGUGUUAACAUUUAUUUUAGGAAUUGGAAUACUUAAACCAUUCACAUUUUGCAGAAGCUUUACAAGGACUUUUCCGAAUUUCUGGACAAUCGACAGAAAGAGCUGGACAAACAGAGAGCCAUCAGACACAAGAUUUUGAAUCCAGAAGCUCAGGAAUUUGAUGAUAAGUACACUGUCAGUUUUAAAUUUACUUUUGUAUUCAAAAAUCUUAAAAUUUUGAUUUUUUUAAAAUCUUUUUAUUAAUUUUUUUAAAAUUAUUAUUAUUUUUUUUUAUUAUUAUUACUUUUGAAAUACCUUGCUUUAUCUUUCCUUAUUAACGUUAAGGCCAUCGCCCAAAACCAAGAGCUCACGGUAUUAGAGGAAUGUGAAAAGAUAGCAGCAUUGAAUGGUCAAUACUCUGUAACUUCUCGUGAUCAACUCCAGGUUCCAAGACAAGUGAAAUGUACUGAGUACAGAUACAGAGCUAAUCAUUGA